AUGUCGAAGAGCCCUACGCCUGACUGGAGUGACGAGGCAAUUCGUACACCCGACGCUGAUUCCACAAUCGGAUGGGCUGGUGUGCCAUUGUCGCAAACCCUGGCUUAUUAUGGCCAUAUCAAACGGCCGGUGCUUCCUACUAAUGAUCGGCUUGGCUUUACUCCGGACUAUGUCGCCGUGAAUGUCGACAAGCUCGUUGCAUCGUUCGUGAAGCGCUUUGCCGCAGCUGUUGAAUCGCAGGAUGUCGAUACCAUUCUAGGCUUUAUUUGUGAAGAUGGUUAUUGGAAGGACGUCAUGUUAUUGACAUGGGACGUUAGGACCUUUCAUGGGCAUGAGACCAUUCGACCCAUGCUUAAAGAGCGGCUCCUAGUCACAGAGCUCAAGAAUAUUCGACUCCAUAGCCAGAUUCCCUCAUCCAGGGAGAAUCUUGGGGAUGAUCUGUCGUUUAUUCUGUUCCAUAUAGAGUUCGAAUUUGCACAUGGCACCGGUGUUGGUGCAGCACGCAUUAGUCCCGUGGCUGCCAAGGAAGGGUCUGCGGCAGAAUUGGCAGAGGUCGAUUCGUGGAAGCUGUACUCGAUCGGUACAGCUGUGGAGACAGUUGCAGGUCCCGCCAAGCUGCAAGAUCCUCUGGGACAAGGAAGAACCUAUCCAGAGCUCAGGCGAGAUGAGGUGGAAGGCCAGCAAGGUUUUGAACCCACGGCCGUGAUCAUCGGAGCCGGACAAACUGGUCUGGCCAUGGCUGCUCGGCUCAAAGUCCUAGGAAUUUCACACCUUAUUAUCGAGAAAGAAGACAAACCUGGCUAUAGCUGGGCAAGCCGCUAUGCUUCGCUUUCCUUGCAUGGGCCGACCUUCACAAAUCAUAUGCCAUGUGUCCCCUUCCCAAGUUGGUUCCCAGUCUUCCUCCCUGCGCGGCAGCUCGCCGACUUCUUACUGCAUUACGCUGGUAUAAUGAACCUCAAUAUCUGGACGAAGUCUGUGAUCGACGGCAAGAACGCGCUUUACGAUGAGAAACUGGGGGAGUGGACCAUCACCGUUACGCGAGAGGACGGUAGCAAACGAGUCCUUCAACCCCGUCAUUUGUUCAUUGCUACGGGAAUUUCUGGAACACUACCAACGGUGUCUGAGGUUCCGGGAAUGUCGGAGUUCGAAAAACACGGUGGCACCAUUGUUCAUUCAUCCCGGUAUAAAUCAGACCCUAAUGUGAAAGGGAAACGAGGUCUGGUGGUAGGUGCCGCAACCUCUGGACAUGACAUUGCCUACGAACUGUAUGAGAAGGGCUGCCACGUGAGCAUGAUCCAACGCAGUGCAACACAUGUCAUGUCGGUUGAUAAGAGCGUGCGAUGUCUCAUGAAGGACCGUGAAUUGACGAAUCGUAAAGGGGGCCUGCCAGUCGAGCUUUUGGACCAGUCUACUUUCUUACGGCAAUCGCUGCCCGUUCAGUAUGAGCUCUUACCUCGUGGACAGAUCAUUGCGCGUGACUUGGACAAAGACCUCUUGGAGUCCCUCAGAAGAGUAGGAUAUCGCCUCCAUGAUGGUUAUCACGGUGGUGGUGCCUAUUCAAUGUUCCACUUUGACCAAGGGGGAUUUUACUGGGAUACCGGUUGCUGUAAGCUCAUUGCGGAUAAGAAGAUCAACCUUUUACACUCGGAGAUUGAGCGCUUCACCAAUGAUGGCGUUAUUUUCAAGGACGGCACUCGCCAACAAGCAGAUAUCGUCGUCUUCGCAACUGGUUAUAUGGAGACCAAGGGCGCCAUUCAAGCAAUUAUGGGAGAUGAAAUGGCAAAGAAGUGUCACGAGCGUUGGGAAAAGGGAAAUGCCUUCUUUAUUGGCCCAGAGGGUGAAUCUAUCGUAAACUACUGUCCUCUCCCCCAGAAAGGCCUGUAUGCAAUGUUCCACCAGUUCGCGUUCAGCAGAUUCCACUCAGCUCGUCUCGCUCUUCGCAUUAAAGCACAGGAGCUGGGCAUCGAUGUCACACCCUACGGCAACAAACCUAUCGGACCUCCCAGCACUGCUGCUGGGCGUCAGCGUCGCCCUGAAGGCCACCCCCUGUGA